AUGAUAUUUACUUACACUAGUACUAGUGUAUCAAUAGGGUUCACAAGUCAGAGGGGUUCGUCAAUAGAAUUCCCCGUAUCUUCGAUCUUCCACAUGAGACUGGUUUGUUUGACAGGAGUUGAUGUGCGCCUUGGCAUCGCCAACUGUUGCCUCAUUUGGUUACCAUCCGGAAGGUCCAUGCCUGAUUCGGAGACGACUAUACCAGCUGGACCAGAUGGGACAGAGUGGCGUCAGCAGUCGUUGCUUCGAAAGGGGAGUAGUGCGACAGUGCCGGCUGCGACCGUGUCAUCCAACCUCGGGAACCUUGUAGCCAGCGAGGACGGAAUACCAUCCCAAACAGAAAGCACCCGUCUUCACCCAUCUGAUGGAGCCAAUUCUUACGGGACACUACCCGCGCGCCGUCGCUUCAAGGCAUCUGGUGCUCGCAGGAACCUGUCCCAACUGUCUAUCCUAAACCAUCUGCACCGGGCUCGGUCCAACUCACUCACAAGCAGCCCACCAUACUCUGCUGCCAGCGGAUUCCGCGAUCUCUCGUUCGCACGACUAAGCAGUGCACGGCCGAUAUCAGCCUAUGAUGAACCUCUCCGCCCAAAUGACGGUGAUGCAGGUGACGCCGAUGCCAAGGUGAAUGGCAUUCGGGUCUGGUAUUCGUCUUACACCUCCAUCGACUGGCUCCACGACGCCAUAAAAGACUCCGUCCGCUUCGCAAGACUCAGGAGAAGGCGCAAGUCCAUCCGAUCGCGUUUACGAUUGGUGUUCGACAAGAGCCUUGGCUGGAUUAUCGUGACCAUCGUCGGCUUUCUCACAGCCGUCAUCGCAUUCUUCGUCGUUCGCAGCGAGCAGCUGCUAUUCGACUUAAAGGAGGGAUAUUGCAACACUUCGUGGUUGAAAGCAAAGCGCUUCUGCUGCCCUCUUUACGAGGAUGGAGAACUGUCGCGACUUCUAUUGGAAGAGUCAUGCUCUGCAUGGAAACCGUGGUCCGAUGUUCUAUCACCAAAUGAAGGAGAAGAAGAGUCCCAUCUCAUCCAAUAUAUCUCCUACACUUGCAUAGCUCUGUUUCUCUCUUUACUAUCAUGCCUUCUAACUCUCUACCUCACAAAUUCUACGACUUUCGUCACUCGCAAGGAAGUUGGAAAUAUGUCACCAACAUUCGACCAAGAUACCAAAAGACAGAAGGUUCAGGCCGAGCCUAAGCGCAAGGUGAUGUACUACGCUGCCGGCAGUGGAAUUCCAGAGAUCAAGACCAUCCUUUCUGGCUUUGUGAUCCACGGCUAUCUCGGGGGGAGGACACUGUUUACGAAGUCCGUUGGCCUUGCACUUUCUGUCGCAUCAGGUUUGUCGCUCGGUAAAGAAGGGCCCUUUGUUCACAUUGCAAGCUGUGUUGGUAACAUUGUGAGCCGCAUCACCCCAAAAUAUGAGAAUAAUGAAGCCAAACGUCGUGAGAUCCUGAGUGCUGCUUGUGCAGCCGGAGUUGCUGUGGCCUUUGGGGCUCCUAUCGGUGGAACAUUAUUCAGCUUGGAGGAAGUGUCGUACUUCUUCCCACCCAAGGUUAUGUGGAGAAGUUUCUUCUGCGCGAUGAUCGCUGCAAUUACCCUCAAAAUGCUCGACCCAUUCGGUACAGGGAAACUAGUUUUAUUCCAAGUGACUUACGAUACGGAUUGGCAUGCUUGGGAAUUGUUCCCCUUUGUCAUUCUGGGUGUUUUGGGGGGUAUUUAUGGUGCCUAUUUCUCGAAGCUUAAUUACCGUUGGAGCAAGCACGUUCGCAACAAGACAUUCCUGGGUGCGCAUCCUGUUCUAGAAGUACUCUUUAUCACGUUGUUGACCUCCAUCCUUUGCUUCCUCAAUCCUUAUACAAGGAUGGGUGGCACUGAGCUUAUCUACAACCUCUUCGCAGAAUGUCGACCUGAGACGGGUAAUACUCAUUCGGGCCUCUGCAUUGUGGAUCCCAGUUCGGCUGCGGCUGUGUGGCCAGUGGUCAGGUCGAUCCUUGUAGCCUUAAUCGUGAAGGGUGGUUUGACGGUCGUUACGUUCGGCAUUAAACUACCGGCGGGAAUUUUCAUCCCCACUCUCGGUGUCGGCGCUUGCGCUGGGCGUAUCGUGGGAGUUGCGAUGCAAUGGCUUCAGUUAAAUUACCCCAAUUUUGGACCGUUCAACGACUGUGGAGGAAAUUGCAUAGUCCCUGGGCUGUAUGCCAUGGUUGGAGCAGCUGCUACUCUUUCUGGGGUCACGCGCACAACCGUUUCAUUGGCUGUUAUCAUGUUUGAGCUCACGGAUACCUUGACUUAUGCCGUCCCGGUCAUGCUUUCGGUCCUCGUUGCCAAAACGAUCGCAGAUGCUCUAGAGCCUAAAGGCAUCUACGACCUUGUCAUCGAGCUUAACCAGCUGCCAUAUCUGGAUACCAAGCAUGAGUAUCUGUGGGGUAACCUCCAAAUGAACGACGUGGUUGCCAAGGACGUAGAGGUUAUCAGGCUUGAUGAAAAUAACACCGUCAAGAGUCUCCGUGCUAAACUCGACACCUUGAUUUCAUCUGGCGCUGAUGACAGUGGGUUCCCGAUUCUACGAAGAGACUCCAAUGAUGAGGGCAUGCGCAUGGUUGGAUAUAUUGGUUCCAAUGAGCUUGAACAUGCAUUGAAUCAAAUACCUUUCGACGCGGAAGAGGAGAUCCAUUUCCAUACAACUUAUGGCCACCAACUGGGGUCCGCUUCGAUCACGUCGUUGCAAGAUCCUGGCCAAAUUGCAGCAGGGGAUGAUCCAUUCGAUUUCACACCUUACAUGGACCAGGCCCCACUCACGAUGGCAAACAACUCGCCUCUGGAGCUUGUCCAUCAGGUCUUUGUUAAACUUGGAGUCAGAUACAUCAUUGUUACAGAUACCGAUGGAUUGUAUGAAGGGGUGAUCGAUAAAAAGACUUGGCUCGGAUUCCUCAGCGAUUUGGAAGAGCGCUCAUAA